AUGUGUGUGCGUACGUGUGUGCGUACGUGUGUGUGUGUAGAGUGAGUGAGUAAGAGAGAGAGAGAGAAAGAGAGAUAGAGAGAGAUUGGGAGUGAGGCAGUGUGUUUGCCUUGCAUAACAUACUCCGUACCUCUUGUACGCAAGGGCUUCAAGUGAGACAGCCCAGACAAGGGGACUUCCUUUAUGCUUACUCCUCCAGGGCCACUGCAGAAGGGAGGAGAGGAGAAGCGGCGGCAAGAGGAGAGGACAGGAGAGCAAGGGACAAACACAGGACAUGGAGGUGAAUAUAUGACGAGAGGAUUGUGGCUCUGACUUUGUAUCUGUGUUAAACCCGGACAAAGGAUGGCUGGUGAGGAAUAGGUUGCUUUGCACUUGCAUACUACCCCGUGCAAGGCGGGAGAGCGAGAAAGAGAGAGAGAGACAGAGUGAGAGAGAGAGAGAGAGUCAGAGUGAGGGAGCUGUUUUCUACACUACCCAGAGUGUUGCAUUUGAAGGUGGUUGGGGUCAUCCAGCUAUGUAGCACUUGAUUCCACUUUGUCUGCUGGUUUGGGGAUGACAUCAUGUUUUAGGUCCCUGUGACUGGAACAGUGAUAGAUCUUCAAUGUAAAUAAAAUGUAUGGGGUAACUGGGAAUGCAAAAAGCAGGUACAGACUACAGCAAAGUACUGCAGUAAUGGAGACAGUUCCAGAUGAUUCCACACGAUGACUUCAGUAACAGCAAGAAGCACCAGUGACUAAUCUGAUUUGUACCAUAACACAAGAUAUAAAAAGAACAAUUAUCAGAAUAAUGGGCUUCUUGACACAGAAGACCAACUAAAACAAGCCCAAAGCGAUCCAGUGUAAUAGCACGUAGGAGUCAAAGAGUGAAAGAUCAUGAAGUCCAACCAGGAGCGUAGUAAUGAGUGCCUGCCUCCAAAGAAGAGAGAGAUCCUGGCACUUGAGGAGCGGCAGGUGCUGGUAGCAUCAACUGUAAAUGAGAGCCAAAGUGGUGAGAACCUGGCAUGGCUUGCUAGUGUAGCCAGCAUGGCGAACAUGGCCACUGUUCCCAGCCUAGUUCCAACACAAAGCAACAGUACUGAAGCUAGCAGCCCAGCACCAUCAACCAAAGCUCUGACUAUAGUUACAGAGUACCCAUUUUCCACGUCUGCCUCCAACAGCUCUUUGUCAUCAUAUACAAGCUCCACACCUGCAGGAGGUCUCCCUGGAACAAUAACAGCCAACCCAGCUGUCCUCUCCUCCAACCUUCCUCAAGCAGCAGGACCCAUCCAGCCCACUCAGCUGCCACCAAAUUUACAAAUCAUUGGACCCUACACCAGUUAUUUCUCCUCCCAGAUAGUGCCAGCUGCAGCGAGUCCGACCCAGUCGCGUAGACCCACCCAGGAGGUAUAUGCUACCACAGCUGUCAUCCCACAAGCUUCUAAUGGAAACCCACAAAAACAGCAUGUGAUUUCAUCCUUACCUAAUGUAGCUCACACCACCAGCCAGUGCAUUCAGGUAGAGGGCACCCCGGUUGGCUUGCCAGUUAUUUCCCCAAAUUCGCAAGUACCGCUUCAGCUUCACACUCAUUCAACUGUUCUUGCUCCUCAUGGCCUGACCCUUGCUCCAUCUCAGGUGCUUGUGCAUUAUGCCGAUGGUCUCAUCACAAAACAACCUGAAUCCCAAAGCAGAGAUCUGCAGAAUGGUGCUAUGGGAGAGGUCACAGUGGUCAAACACACCACCAGCAUUGUGAAGGGGAUGUCUAACAAACCAGAAAGUGAUGAUGGCCAAAGGCAGAUUCAGAACUUGGCUCUCCCAGCCCAAACUCAGGUCUUGCUCCCUGCUGACUAUGCUGCUCAUGAUAGUGCAGGACUUCAGACAUCAGUCAUGCUGGUGUCAAGCAACCACCUGAUGGCCAAUAAUAACACUGAGCAGAUUCACAGCACCCAGGAUAAAGAGCACACAUCUCUGGCUCGAGUUGAUCGAACAAGACUUUCUGUGGGGAAGCCAGUCUCUAGAGUUUCCUCCAUUUCUCUCCCAUCAUCAGAGAGCAUGGCAGCAUCUCUUGCUCCUCAUCACACUCUCCUACAUACGUCUCCAUCCGCCCCUACCCAGGAGCUUUCUACAAACCUUUUCUCAAGCACACAGCUGCCUAUUAUUGGAUACAUUACUAGUACAUCUGGGGCACCCCAGCAGGCUGUGGCCAGUUACCAUAGCAACCUUCCACAGCAUCUAGUGAUCUCAGGCAGUCCCUCCCUCCUCAUUCCUGUGAGUGCUGGUAACGUCAACACGUCGUCUACCGAGUCAGAGGUUACUCGCUGCUUCAUCCCCAGCAUUUCUGCUACCAAUGUACCGACAGGAGCCACAGGUCUGCCUCAGGCCUACAUCACUGCAGCAGCACCUACUGUUACAACCUCCAUCCUGCCUAAUGGCAAAGAGGUCACAGGGCCUGAGGAACAUCAUGCUGCUGCCAGUGUACAGAACUCCACACAGGUGCAACUUCCUGUGCUUUCAGCAGGGGUAGUAGCACCUCCAGCUCCUGUGCUUCCCCCAACACCCACAAGCCCACAGAAUGCACCCCUGACUUCAUCAUCAGCCCUGCCUCCAUACUUCAUGAAGGGCUCUAUCAUCCAGCUGGCAGAUGGAGAGCUUAAGCGGGUGGAGGACCUAAGGACAGAGGACUUCCUGCAAAGUGCAGAAGUUAGCACAGAACUAAAAAUUGACUCAAGCACAGUGGAACGGAUCGACUCAAGCAGAACACCUGAUGCAGUUAUCAUACAGUUCUCAGUCGGCGAACACAAAGCACAGGUAUGUGUGGAAGUGCUGGUAGAGUACCCUUUCUUCGUCUUUGGUCAGGGAUGGUCAUCCUGCUGCCCAGACCGCACUACCCAGUUACUGGCGCUUUCAUGUGCCAAACUCUCUGUUGGUGAUGUCUGCAUCUCCCUCACCUUAAAGAGUCUUAGGAAUGGUACAUUACAAAAAGACCAAACUUUUGGUCCUGUGAAGAACCUUAAUAACGGUCAUCAUAAAGCAGGCAAGACCAGCGGACAGACUGGAGAGCCACAGGUUCCGAGGGAGGAUCAGAGAGAUGGGAACAUUUUUGCAUUCGAAGGGGAACAAAAGUGUGAAGUUCAUGGGCUUAAGAGUCCUAACUCUGGUAACAGUGUGAUCAUCUCAAAAAAUGAAGAGGGGAAAGUUCAUGCUGCAGGGAGUCGCAAGAGGAGGUGGUCUGCCCCAGAGAGAGGAGAGGUAGGGAGGUCACCGGAGAAUGACCACCCUGAAACUCUGCCUAAACCUUCCUUUCUUUCACAGGAGAUAAAGGUCAGCAUUGAGGGAAGGUCCAGUAUGGGCACCUGAGGUAUCUUGUUAGCCGUCAAAAAGGAGGAGGGCUUUGAUUUUCUAGGCAAAGAAUCUUCUAAACCAAGGAUUUUUGUGGUUUAUUCAGUAACCCGAGGUGUUGGCUGGUGACAACUGUUGUUCCACAACUACGUCUGUUCUUCACUGGGCAAAAUAUGCAGCAGUACAAGAAUAACAGGAUUAUUAUGAUUAUCGUCUCAUGGCUUAUUUUAGUUACUGUAACAGGAGCUACUUUUGCCUGACAGUAUUUACAGGAUAUGUUUUUGUAAAAAAACAAACAAAUAAUUUCUGGCGUUUGUCAUGGGGCAUACACAUGAAUAUGUGGGGGACUUAUUUUUCUAGUUAAUUCUGCCAUUGUUUGUUUUUGGCACUUUGUCUACUUUCAUGUAAAUUGUAGCAUAAUUGUAUUUCAGUCAUAAUCAGCGAGUCAAACACAUAUAGACCAGUCGGCUGGAGAGACUGGUCCAUAGUGUGACCUGCUGUGACAGAUUUUCCCCUAGAAAUAUUAUUUAAAGGUACGUUGUUAAGAUCUGCUAUAUACUUUAUAAAGAUAAUCUAUGUCAGUUAUGAGAAAUAUUGCUAUAUAAAUUAGCAUGAGAUAAACAACUACCAUAAAAAAGAGAUAUAAAACUGUCAAUUACCAAUGACCAUUCUGUCUGUUACUGAUUGAGCGGGAUUGUCCUAGAUGUGAUUUUAAGAUGAGUGAAUUUUGUUAACCAAAUGUGGUCCGAUUAUUGGGGACAAAACUGGACUCUAACACUGAAUGUUGAGGGUUAUACAUAUUUUUUACCAAUUAUUUUAAUGAAAUACACCAGAAUUUUAAUUAGUCUAAAUGUUCUAGAUAUGCAAUAUUAUGAUUAUUCACAUACCUCAAACAUGACACAAGGCUGUUUCAGGUUCGAUAUAGAAUCUGAGCUCUUUAAAAACCACGUCCAAAAUCCAUGUUCAUGUUCAUUGUUCAUGUUCAUACAGUGGAUAUGCGCAGGUGAAUUCUCACUCAGCCUUUUGAAUAUUAGCACUUUACUGAAGGCAAUGGAUGAUUAAAACCCUCACCUCUGCUUUGUUGCCUAAGCAACAGCCAUUUGCACAAUGUCAAUUUUAGAAUAACGUUAGCUGUCGCCAUGUGUGUUUUAACCCCAUUUAAAACAAAUUACAACCCAUCACACUGAUGCUUUUCUCUUUCUUUUUCUUUUUCUUUUUGUCUGUAAAAGCAUUGUCUUAUUAAAGUUCUUGUCUGGUUGUAAUUUAAGCCACUGGAUUCCUACGUACAAAAUUACACGCAGAUGUGUAAUAUAUUGUGUAUCUACAAUGUACAAUAUAUUCUGUUCAGGAAUAUAUCGAUAACAUUUAACAACAUAUUCCUAUUUCCAUCGACUCUCUCCAGGGGCUUCUGGGUAACACCUUACUGUAACACUUUACUAUAACAGUACAUGAAUAAUCCUGCGCUAAUACCUGAAUUAAUAUUGACAGAAAUAAAAUGAGUUAAUAAUCACAGACUAUUGAAGAGCUAACCCUGUACUACGUACGGCGUGAGUCUGAAGAAUUCUUAAGUACAUUUAAUGUAAUUAUUUAGUUAACACGACUAAGUAUACUACAUUAUACAUGCUCCAUAAGAAAGAAUGCAGCAUUUCAGAUUGUUUAUAUUCAGUAAUUUGCCAUACACAGCUGCUACACAAACAUCACCGGAUGGCACAGGAUUAUUUUUAUAAUACACAUCGAUCUUCUUUAUUGAACUUCGAGAGAGACGCGCUAAUAAUAAACACUAAUCGUUUCAGCUCAACCCGUUUAUCGUCAUUUUCCAGCUAUUUCUCUUCCGAACCCGCUCUAUUGUAGUACUAAAAAUUCAGCUGCGUCCAGUGAUGUUUGUGUAGACAGCUGCAUGAGGCAAAAUUAUACAAACAAUUGUCCAUAUUGUUUCUUAACGAGCAUGUUUAAUUGACUUUACCUUUAUGUCUCAAGUAAUACAUUAACUAACAAACAUUACUUUGUUGUCAUUCAUGCAUUUCAUAAUACUAUUCAUUCUUAGUUAUAAGGUCAGCUGUUUAGGUUUGUCUAGUUUGUGAUACAUCCGUGGCUAUAACUCAUCAUAAGCUCCUAUUCCAGUAAGUAUUAAUCCAGGUAUUAGAGCAUGAAUGUCCACUUUACUAUAUUGUCCACAAAUAAGCACAAUGUGUAUCAAUGCUGUAAUAAUGAUUCAUUAAUUUGCAUUAACAAUGUGAGCAGUUAGAUGUUUACAUUUUGUCAGCUUGUUCCGUCAGUCAUUGCCAUGCGUCAUCCUGUAAUAUCAAUAAUGAUCAUUUACAGAUUGAAGGGUGUGUGUGUGUGUGUGUGUUGAACAGGUUUGGAUUAACCCAAAUUUUAGACUACUAUAAGAUUGAGACCCACUUUUAUUUUUCAGCACCCGUAAUUUUAUUUCAUUGUUUAUUGCAAAAGGUGCCAGAAAAGUAUAUUCAUUUUCUACAUAAUCUAUAUCUGGAUUUCUUUAGGGGAAAAUCGUACUGUUUUCUGGAUUUAACCUUGUUACCGUUGUUAGCCGUGGUGUAACGCGCAAAAGUUUAUGCUUCAGUUCUUCCUCAUGCCAAUAAAGUGACUUGAUUUUGAUUUUGCAAAACACGUCCCAAAACGUCCCAAGUUAAUCUUAAAUAAAAUAAAUAUAAAUAAUCUUUA